AAUACGGAUAUUCUAUCUGCGCCCCCGGACCGCCAUUAUGCAUUUAAUUUUAGCGUGGUAGUUGGUUAAACAUAGUCGUUUUACUUUUUUUUUGGAAAUUAAUAGUAUUUUCUAUAAAAUUUCGCAAAGUAAAUUAAGUUCCAAGAUAAUAUUAUAAACGCUAUAUAAGUAUCGUGAUUCAAUUUGCUGGUAAUUUCUUUGUUGGUACAGAAACAAUGGAGGGACCGCCAAGCCGAGGUUUCCGAGGCGGUGGACGCGGUGGUCCUCCAGGUUUAAGAGGACGUGGAGGAUUUGACAUGCGUGGAAGGGGUGGUAUGGUGAUGAGAGGCCGCGGAGGCCCACCAAGAGGUGGAGGUCCGCCUAUGCGUGGUGGACCAAGGGGAUUCCGUGGAGGCCCUAUGAGGGGUGGUGGUGACAGAGGAGGUAGAGGCUUCAUGCCUGGCCCCCAAGGUCCAGGUCCUCAUCCAGUACCAACAAUUGAAUCUCGGGGACCACCACCACAAAGGGGUGGCUUCAACAAUAGAGGAGGAGGUCCAGGGGGCAUGCGAGGGAGGGGUGGUAGAGGUCGUGGUGACUUUGGCCCCCGUGGCGACAGAGGGGGACGUGGCAUGCCCAUGCGAGGUCGUGGUGGCCGCGGCGGACACGGUGCGCCUCCUGGCCCGCCCGGGCCGGCUGGUCCUCACCCAGGCCCGGUUGCUUCGGGGCCGGCACCCAGUGGUCCACCACAGGCUGCCCCGAGACCAGCACCUCCGCAGCACCAGUCUGGCGGCUUACCGGGACAAGGCCCACCAUUUAAGCGCGGUGGCGGACCACCCCACGGCGGUCCAGGAGGCCCACCCAAACGCGGCAGGUUUGACGGGCCACGCGGUGGCGGCGGAGCUCGCCUACCACCCGCAAGUGGGUAUCAGCAGUCUGUGCCACCACACAAUUCUUCAUUGCAGCUGAAUGGCUAUGGCCCUUCACACACGGGGUAUCAACCAUACGAGGCUCCGGCGGCGGAUCCUUACGCGCAACCUUCGUACAACACGCCUAGUUCAUAUCAAGAUAACAACUACUCGGCGCCUGCGCCCGCACAGGCCAACUCUGGUUACAAUUCUGGUGGUUAUGGCUCUAAUUACGGAUAUUCUACUGGUGGCCAAGGGAAUUACGAAAAUGACGGUUACAGUGGCGGGCCGGGCGGGCCGGGGGGCCCGGGCGGCGCGGGGGACGCGGGCUACGGCGCCGUGGAGCCCGCGUACGGCGGCGCGGCGCCCGCCUAUGACUCCUACUCACAGCCCUCCUACAACUCGUACCAGCAGCCGCAGCAGCCCUACAACAACUAUGGCGGUUGGUGAUCUGUUUGAAUAUAACAGAAUAAAAAUUACAAGUUUAUGCCACAAAGUCAGUUAAAAUAUCUGGAUGAAUGUUUUGAAGCUAAUGGAUGUACAACUAUGACACAAUUUCGGCCAUUACAUGUUAGGAAUAUUUUGAAUAAAUGACAAUAUGAGACAAAACUUGGAAUAUUUAAAAGUGACAUUUAUUAUGUGAAAUAUUACGCUAAUUUAACCAAUAUAUAUUAAGUAAUAUUAAGCAAUGGACUUUAUAUCAAAGUGAGAUAUGAUUAUUUCUCAAAUUUUAGUGAUUAUAGUAGUAAUAAUUAUAUAAAUCAGCGGAAAUGACUAACGUGUCACUAGAAUUACAAUAAAGUAUUGUAACUUUUUAUCUUUACAUUCACACAUUCGUAAUUAUAUGUUUUAGAUAAUAAGGAAUUAAUAAGGAAUAAAAAUAUGAAAUGGUA